GUUGUUGCAGGUUCUCUGGAUGUAGUGCACCGCCUGGGUAGGCUGAGAGAUGGGGAGAACAGCCAGCCACUGCGACCAGUGAUCAUGAGAUUCAUCCCCAGGACAGCGAGGGAUCUGACAUGGAAAAGUGCAAAGAAAAUGGCUAUGUAAAGAACAACAACCUGAGGUUCAAGGAGGACCUGACAACAUUUGAUAAAGAAGCUCGGAAUCGUCUGUGGCCAACGAUUGCGAGAGCAAGGAAGGAGGGGAAAGUGCAUACUUUGCGGGAGCCAAGGCUUUUGUUAAUGGAAAGGGAAUUCAAAAUAACUUAUUUAAAUCAAAUCACGUUGUAUUUGUCAAAUACUUCGUAAACAACAGGUGUAGACAAACAGUGAAAUACUUACUUUUAAAAACGUACUUUUAUUUCUCGUCACAACAAUUCAAAGAAAGAAAACAUAAAUAAUAGAAAAGGUAAACCACAUAAAAAUAAAAGUAAUAUUAAAUACACAACGAGUAACGACAACUUUAAAUAACUGGGGUACCAGUACCAAGUCUGGGUGCUGGUCCCGUGUAGCUCAGUUGGUAAGGUAUGACGCUUGUAACGCCAAGAUUGUGGGUUCAAUUCUCGAUCUCCAACACAUUGCCAGGGCUUUAAAAUAUUUAUAAUGUAAAGUUUAUUACUAUUUCUGAUUAUUUUCUUCAAAUUAACUUUAGCUUAUCUGUCUCCUGUUAUGAUAAUAUCUUAUGUUAUUUUUUUUAUUCAUAAUACUUAUGUUGCGAUAUAAACAUGAUCAAAUAUGAUUCAAAUAUUUACUUUGAACAGCAUUGGUUGGUUUGUAAUUAGUUAAAUAUUGUGGCAGCUGAGAGCGAGGUGUAGGGAGGAAUGGGCGGUGGAUGUGGGUGUGUUCAAGCCGAUAGUUUAAAAUCCUACAGAAAUGCGCACGGCGCUUUGGUUUGAAGAGAAUACGCCAUAUUGAUUCACCGAAGACUUCUGCUAACCGUUUUCAGUUAGCGGCUUGAAAAGGACCUGGACUACCCUUCUCAAUGGUCCUCGUUCGGUUUGGCGUUAGCACUUCUCUGUCUUUGUAACCCGGUUUACUAGCUCAUUUAUUUUGUCGGAGCAGUCGUACAUUUUGACGGUCUCUUUGACUUGCUUGAAGUGGGUUCAGAAAAAAAGAAGUUGAAUGGAUCCGAGGGUGGCUUGGAUUCAGCCCGAGCAGAAAGGACCUGCAAACGCAUUUUGGAUGCAAGUCUGGGAGACUUCUCAGGUACGAGCGAACUCCGGUCAGCAUCUUCAUAAUAAUCAGAACUACAACCUGCAUUUGAAUUCUCCAGCGUUGGACGUUUAUAAACAUGUUGCGGCAAAGGGCAAUAGCAUGUGCACCAACACUGGUCUGAGCAGCAGCAGCCAUCACGGUAUUUCAAAAGGCACUACUUCUAACCACGGCACUGCGUUCUCCUCCUUCGGGGUAACGUUACCGAACGGACCCGUACCGAACUCAUUGACCCCGUCCAACGCUUACGGGGUAACGACAGAUUUGGGAGACAGUAAAAUGCCCCAAAAGACGGGAUCUCUAUCGUCCUUGUCUUCAGUGGAAUCCAUAACGGACAGCACAUCUUCAAACCGCUCUUUGGGAAAGAUUAGUGGUGGCAAUGUAACUGUAAAUAUGAAUAAAAACGCUGGCGGUGUCAAUCUGUUAUUUAACUUCAGUGAAAGUAUGCAUAAUAAUGUCAACCAAUACCACCAUCAAAGGCACCAUCAGCAUCAUCCUCAGUACAAUUUCCAACAGAAUUGUGUGAAGCGUCACCCGACUCACCCGCCUGCAUCCCUAAAUAACCACACUCACCAUCCAGGCCGAAGGAAAAGUGACAACAAGGCGAGCACCUAUGGGAUGAAUUACCUUCUUUCUAACUAUGGCAACUAUGUUAGUUCGGAGACUGGGACGCCUUGGAAGACGAGGAAAUACAGCCCCGGUGUUGAUGGUCUCCAUGAGGAGGUGGUGGACUUCUACAACUUCAUGUCUCCCCGACCAGAGGAGGCUGCUAUGAGGAAGGAGGUGGUCGACAGGAUCGAGACUGUCAUCAAGGAGCUGUGGCCUACUGCCGACGUGCAGAUAUUUGGCAGCUUCAGCACUGGACUCUACCUCCCUACAAGUGACAUAGACCUGGUGGUGUUUGGGAAGUGGGAAUGUCCCCCGUUGCAGCAGUUGGAACAGGCCCUCCGGAAACACAACGUGGCGGAACCUUUCUCCAUCAAAGUGCUGGACAAAGCUACAGUGCCAAUCAUCAAGCUGACUGACCAGGAGACUGAAGUCAAAGUGGACAUCAGCUUCAACGUGGAGACUGGAGUCAAAGCUGCUUUCUUUAUCAAGGACUACACCCGGAGGUUUCCCGUGCUGCCUUACAUGAUCUUUGUGCUGAAGCAGUUUCUGCUCCAGAGAGAUCUGAACGAGGUGUUCACCGGAGGAAUCAGCUCUUACAGCCUCAUCCUGAUGGUCAUCAGCUUCCUCCAGCUCCACCCAAGGAUUGAUGCCAGCAACCCCAACAUCAACCUUGGCAUUCUGCUGAUUGAGUUCUUUGAGCUUUAUGGGCGCCAUUUUAACUACCUGAAGACAGGCAUCCGCGUCAAGAACGGGGGGGCCUACAUGGCCAAGGAGGACAUGAUGAAGGUUAUGACCAAUGGCUACAGGCCCUCCAUGCUCUGUAUAGAGGACCCACUGAUGCCAGGUAACGACGUUGGCAGGAGUUCGUACGGAGCCAUGCAAGUCCAGCAGGUGUUUGACUACGCUUACAUCGUUCUCAGUCAUGCCGUGUCACCACUCGCACGCUCCUACCCAAACAAGGACAUUGACAGCGCUUUGGGUAGGAUAAUCAAGGUGACACAGGAAGUGAUUGACUACAGGGAGUGGAUCAUGACGAAGUGGGGGGGCAGGCACCUCGCCCGUAUGGAGAGCCAGGGUUCCCUCCUGGAUCAGGACCCAGCAGGGUGUGUGUUGGGUGUAGGUGUGGAGGAGCAGAGGGACUCUGUUUCCCCUCACAGUGCAGACUCUCCCAUGUCCCUUUCCAGUCCUCACCAACACUCCUCAGCCUCCUCUGUCUCUUCACUGUCUGGGUCAGACAACGACUCUGAUUCGACACCCCCGGCGCUGCCCCUCUACCCCUUUCAGGCUUUGGGUAUGACUCUACCCCUGGGCCUGGCACUGGGCAAGGCUGGCAUCAACCAGCACCACCUCAUCAUGUCCCCUGGCUCACAGGCGUGUAUGUCUUUGCCCGGUGCCCUGACGAUGCACUCUUUACCUGGCAGACAGAACGGUCCCAAGUGUCAGAUGAAAGGCUUCCACAAUCCAGCCGUGGUCCACAGUCCCGCCCUGGCCAACCGUGCACACACCCACCCUCUCACACACGCCCACACACACUCUCAUACACAGUACCGCAACACCUGGCGGCGUCGGAAGAGGGACAGCUUACCAGUUAGCCUGAGCAGAUAAAAAGACAAAACAUCUCCCUCUAUCCCUCUUUCCACUCCUCCAUUCUGAUUGAUUGGGAGGACAACUUGACGGGACAGUGCCCCCUGCUGUUCAACUUAAAGACAGGCAGGCAGAGACCAGACCAGCAUUGGGAUUCAUUCAACACUUUGGGCUGCUGAACUUGGGCUGCAGAUAGGGGAAACAGGUGUAGCUCUGGGAAAACUUUCCGUUUCUCUCCUUCACUCCAUCGCUCUUCAUCUCUGCAUGUUUUUCACUGCGCAACGAACCAACGGCCAACGAUACAGGAAUGAGCGGUGCGGCUAGAGAACAAAACGCAACCCCGCCCAACGUGCACUCUGACCCCGGAACUUUUCUGCUAGCUCUCCAGUCCUUCACUUUCUGUUUGGGAUCCACAUUGGUUUGUUUUAUUUUGUUCCGUUAAUGUCUUAUUGUUCAAUUAUAAUUUUUUUAAGCGCUUUGCAGUUUUUCACUUACGUUUGGUGAGACUGGGGAUAGUGACUUCUUUGCCAGGUGAGAGUUGCGAAAGCUCAGUGUCUUAUGGGAAAGUGUUUAUUUUUGUUUGGUCUUUGACUGGGUUACAUUGUCAAGGCGACAACCUUUGUCCUUGAACCCUGCAGCCAAACUGCGUCUUUUUCAGUGUUCACACAAGGAACGACAGUUUCUCAUUUGUGCAAUAACAUGUUCUAUUUUUUAAGUAAAUGUUUAUUUAAUUUUUAUUAUGUAUGUAAAGGAAUUUGGUGUUUUUUUAAGAUUGUUUUAUUUUUGUAUUUUUAGUUUUUAUGGCAGAGUUUACACAACCUUUGCCCAGGUGGCCUCCGAGAGUGUGUGACAGAGCGUGUGUGUCAAUUGGUGAGCUGUGCGUGUCUUGUUGGAGUGUCGAUGUAUAAUCGACCCCCCCCCCCCUAAUUGGUUGUUUUAUAAUGUGAUUCAAAGGGUUUAAUUAGAAGUAUCUAAGUCACUCCAUACUAUUGAGGUGCAUCUUAUUGUUAGACAGGUUAAAAAGUCUACUGUCCCACUCGAUGGAUCUCUUGCUAUAGCAGAAGCAGCAGACUGAGCUCAAGCCCAAUACCCUAGCUGUUGUUUUAAAAAACAAAACGUUCUUUAUUUGUGUGUGUGUGCGCUUGUAUCAGUCAUAGGAUGACUUGCGUUCACCCAACGUUUGUGCCAUUUUUGCUACUCAGUCCUCGCUUAGACCAGGGCUGAACUUCUAUCGCAGGAGUUAAGCACAAGCCCAAGUACAUAUUGUAUUCCCCAGGUGUGUUUCUGUUGGAUGUAUGUCUCUGCUGUUGUUUUAAAGAUAUGCAUGGUCUUGUGCGUAUGGGAGGUGGAGUUAAAAGGACAGACAAACUGACCUGAACUUGAAGAUCAGGGCGGUGCCAAAUGGAACCCUUCCGCCGACAUUGUGCAUUACUUUUGAUUGGGCCAGUGGGCUAUUGGGUCUAAAAUAUUGCACUACAUAGGGGAUAGGGUACCAUUUCAGAUGCACCCUAAAAGACUAGGUGCUCUAAAGGGUCUUUCCCCAUAGCGGGGGAGAGAGAGAAACUUCCAGGACUGUGGAAAGGGAAUAAUUGAUUCCAUUCUGGAAUCUUGUUGGUACUUCCGCAAGUUUGCAAUGCCUUUUCUUUCUGUUUACUUCAGUGCGUGUGUGUCGUCUCUGCAGACAUACAGCCGCAUAUAUACACACACACACGCCUGUGUAUGACUGAGGAGCAGUGCGGUUGCUACACAGACAGCGUUAUUACUAUGCAAGUGGGUUAUUUUUGUGUGCCCAAUUUUUGUUUCCAAUGACAACCACUGCUUGCUGGAUUGAAGUGAUGUUAUUGUAAACUCGAGUUUGACUGACUAGGCCUGUGUGAUCGGUGGGCUCGGCUAAAUGGUUGCUAGUCAGCCUCAGCCCAGUUACAAGUGAACCACAACUCUUGCAUCCUGAUGGUUUGUAUUCCUAUCUGUUAGUCUAUGGAAGGGUCUGUGUGUGUGCGCCAGUGGUCGGGUAUCUGUCUCAUCUCAGAGCGAGGGAAUAGCAAGACUGGUUUCAAAUGUCACCCUAUUCUCUCUCUCAUACAGUGCAUGCUAUUUAACCUUAGUGCUGGUCUAAAGUAGUGCCCUAUAUAGGGGUUAGGGUGUCAUUGUAGACUACCACUUGACGUCCCGCCACUGUUUUAACCUAACUGCUAGUAUGAAAGUGCACAUGGGGAGCGACUUGCACUCUGUAGUGUAUGACUUCAUACCCUCCCUAGUGCACUACAGUCCUCUACACUGAGAUUGUGUUAGGAGGCAGUGUCAGUCUAAUGUUAGUAUAGCAACUUUUACCCACCAAUCGACCUGGCUAAUAUACACCGCCUUUUUUACAAGGUGUCGGUCUCCAAUGGCACCCUAUUCAGAAUAUAGUGCGACACUUCUGAUUAGAUCUUUGGUUUCUUGUGUAGGGUAGUGGGGCUAUAUAGGAAAUAGGGUGCCAUUUGGGACUUGUCUGCUUUUAGUGAAUAGAACCAGCGUCUGUCAGAAGAGCUCUAAAACACUAUCUCUGGUUGGAGUUUUGUCAAUGCUGUCAAAGAUGUCCACAAUUUUUACAGAUUCUAUUAAGACUGAAAUGCGGUGUGACGUCUAUGGAUUUAACUUGAAUCCCAAUGGUCUACACAAGCUUCCUCUCCUCAUCUACUUUCCUUUAUUUGAUGUGAAAGAAACUGGAGCAGGUGAAAGCCAAUCCCUUGAUAGAUCCACCAUUUUAUUUUCAUCUAUUUACAUCAGUGCAGAUCGGAGAGAAAGCCUCUUUAGACUAUUGAGAACACGAAACACUUGCAUCACAAUGAGUGAUUUUAAACUUAACGGACGCCAUUUUGUGAAAGGUGGCGGCUCCUCUGUCCUGGCCAACUAAUCUGAGCAGGAACUCCUAAAAUGGCUGCCAAACUAGCAGUGGCCUCGGAGUGACAGUCUGGCUUUUGUUUUGAACAUUUUUAUGUACCGGUAUAUUUUUUUCUAUUUUAUUUUUUAAUAAACUUCUUAAAACGGGCA